AUGUCCAAAAGGAGAAAAAUUCAUGAUAGUUCAAGCUCUCCGGCUUCAAGCACUCCACUUUCAAGCUCUCCACCUUCAAGCUCUCCGGCUUCAAAUUCAAUUGUUAUUGUAUCUCCUUCAGAUGCUAGUGUGCCAUUACAUGAGGAAGAAUUGAUUUAUGAUAUCGAAAAACUUCAUCAUGAUCCUAUUAGAAGAACCGAUAUAAUGAAAUAUCCUCCAGAUGAGCGAGAUGCAAUUAGAAGGGCGUAUAUUCGUAGAAAACCUUGUCAGCCAAGAACUUUUUCUUUUCCUCAAAAAGAAGUUGGAGGUUCGCGUCGUCGGUUUAUGGUUUCAUGGUUUGAUAAAUGGGAUUGGCUUGAAUAUAGUAUGGAUGAAGAUGCUGCAUUUUGUUUUGUAUGCUACUUGUUCACGAAUGAAGUUGGACAUGCGGGGGGUGAUGCAUUUGUGAAUAAAGGAUUUAAGUCGUGGAAUAAGCCGGAACGAUUUAUAAAACAUAUUGGUCGAGUUAGAAGUGCUCAUAAUAUUGUUUAUGAUAAAUAUGUGAACUUGAGGGAUGGCAAAAAGAAAUCGAUUUUGGUUUCUUUAGAUAAUGUUAGUGAUGUGAUUAACAACGAAUAUAAUGUUCUCUUGAAGGCUUCAAUUUCUUGUUUACAUUACCUAUUGGGACAAGGCAUGGCAUUUCGUGGUCAUAGGGAAGUCGAUGAAUCUAGUGAUGUGUCCCAAAAGGAACAACUAGCUCUUUGUUUGCGCUAUGUUGAAAAGAAAAAGGGAAAGGUAGUUGAACGAUUCAUUGGUCUUGUGCAUGUUGGUGAUACUAUAUCUUUGUCUCUUAGAAGUACAAAUAUUACUUUACUUGUUGAACAUUCAUUAAGCCCAUCCAAGAUUCGAGGGCAAGGAUAUGAUGGGGCUAGUAACAUGAAGGGUGAGAUAGAUGGACUCAAGACUUUGAUCAUGAAAGAUACUCCAAGCGCUUACUACGUACAUUGUUUUGCCCACCAGCUUCAACUAACAUUGGUAGCCAUUUCAAAAAAGAACGAUGAUUGUAGUUGGCUUUUUGAAACUGUUAGUAUUUUGUUGAAUGUAAUUGGAGUUUCUUGUAAGAGAAAUGAAUUGCUUCGCGAAGUUCAAGCACAAAAAGUUGCUCAAGAACUUAGUUUGAAGAUGCCUGGAGACACUCGUUGGAGUUCUCACUACAAGACUCUUUUGAAUAUCAUGGACUUAUUUUCUACAAUUUUUGAAGUUCUUACGAUGGUUGGAAAGAAAGAUUUCGUUUUCGAUGCUAAGGGAAAAGCUCAAGGCAUUUUGUACUUACUAGAGUCAUUUGAUUUCGUGUUUAUGGCACAACUAAUGACUACUAUAUUUGGGUACACUAACAAUUUGUGUCUUGCUUUGCAAAGAAGAGAUCAAGACAUCAUUAAUGCUAUGAGGCUUGUCACUUUAACCAAAGAUCAACUACAGAAAAUGAGGGAGGAUGGAUUGAAGAUUCACUUGAACAAGGUAAUCUCAAUUUGCAAUAAACAUGGCAUUGUUGUUCAAGAUAUGAAAGCUCACUAUAGCCCUCAUGGAAGAUCAAAACGUUUCGUUCAACAAGUUUCAUAUCUUCAUCACUUUCGUGUUGAUGUGUUUAUCAAAGUGAUUGACUUAUUACUUCAAGAACUUGAUAAUCAAUUCGAUGAAGUUAAUAUGGAGUUGCUCAGAUGUAUGGCUUGCUUCAAUCCUAAAGAUAGCUUCUCUUCUUUUGACAAGGAAAAGGUACUCAAACUUGCCACUUUUUAUCCUUCCGAUUUUUCAAACAUUGAUUUGAUGGACCUUGAGUGCCAACUUGAUAUAUUCAUUGGAGAUAUGAGAAGUGAUGAAUACAUUCAGAAUUUGCGAGAUAUUAGUUCUCUUUUGGUAAAGAGAUGUGGUUUAUUUGCGUGUGGUUUUGCUUAUCAAGUUGAUUUUGAUUCUUCCGAUUGCCACUGCAAGUGUAGAGAGAGUGUUUUCUGGAAUGACGUUUGUGAAGAAUAA